AUUUAAGAUACAUUAAUCGUGAACACCCCUUCUUUCAACCUUGUGUUGUUGAUGGAGGCCGCCAUAUUGGAAGCAGGUUUCUCAAAUCUUCAAAUUUGAAUGUUUUGUGUGUUUUCUAAGUGGCACAUGCGAAAUCAAGUGCAGUAACAACUGAGACAAGAUGGAUGUGAAAAAGUACAAUCCCCGCUGCUUUUUUGACAUAGAAAUCAAUGGCUCACCAGCGGGACGUGUUGUUUUUGAGCUAUUUGCAGAUGUCUGCCCAAAGACAUGCGAGAACAUCAGAGCAUUAUGCACUGGAGAGAAAGGUAUUGGUGCAGUCCAUGGGAAGCCUCUACAUUACAAAGGUGCACCAUUCCACAGAGUGGUGAAGAACUUCAUGAUUCAAGGAGGUGACUUCACAAAUGGAGAUGGAACGGGUGGAGAGUCAAUCUAUGGAGGCAAAUUUCCAGAUGAGAACUUUGACCUGAAACAUGACAAAGAGUUCCUUAUGUCAAUGGCUAAUGCUGGCAAAGACACCAAUGGGUCACAGUUCUUCAUUCUUACAAAACCAGCUCCACAUCUUGACAAUGUCCAUGUCGUGUUUGGCCGUAUUAUCUCAGGCCAGGAAGUAGUCAAGAACAUAGAAGGCCAGAAGACUGACGGCAACAGCAAGCCUUAUGCUAGUGUUCUCAUAUCAAACUGUGGCGAACUAGUACUACAAAUCAAGGCCAAAGCAAAGAAAGAGAAGAAACAGACAGAAUCUGCGAGUGGGUCAGACUCAGAUUCAUCAUCAGACUCUGAGGAUGAGGAAAGGAGGAAACGGAAGAAGAAAAAGAAAAAAUUGAAGAAAAAGAAGAAAGAAAGCAAGAAAAAACUAAAAGAAAUUCUUGCUAAGAAGGAUGAGGAUGAAUAUGUAUGUAGUGUUCGACCUGACGAGUUACCAGAAGAACCAAAGACAAACAACUGGCUGAUGAGGUCCAAGCCUGAGGAAGCUGCUGAAGAAGGUGAUCAGAAACCUGAUGAAAAGAAAGUAGCAAGAGAGAGACCACGUGCACGUCCUGGUAGAACCAGAUAUGUUGGCAAUCAGAAGAUAAAGGGUAGAGGAAAUGUGCAAUACUCUAAGUAUGCGCGAUCUCGCAGCAACACCCCAGAGCAUUGGCGAAUUGCCCAGAACCCCCGUCCCAGACCCUCAAGGAAUGCCAUAGAGCCUGUGAGGGGAGGGCAGUGGGUCAGGGGGGACAAGUUGAAAAGUGACAAGGAGGAUGAAGAGGAAAGUGAGGAGUUGAAGAGAAGGAGGAAAAAGAGAGAGGAGAGGCACAAACUGGAAGAAAGGAACAAGAGAAAGCAAGAGAACGGCACAGAUAAGAGAACUCAUAAUGACAGGAGAGGUGAAAAAAACAGAAACAGAUCAGAGACUCCCAUGUCAGGUGCUGAGAUGAAUGGAGAUGCCAGACGUGUAAUUCAGCGACAACGAGGUCGAAGGAGAGAAAGCAGAAGAUCCCCAGAGGAAGAGAAAGGAAAGAUAAGAAGUGGAUUCCAAAGUGAAAGUCCUUCUCCAAAGAGGAACUUUAAUAUAACAAUCCAGUCAAGUGUUAGUAAGACUGCUCCCAUAAAGAGGACUAUAUCUCUGGCCCAGGCAAAGGAAUCUCCUGAACGCAAGGAUCGUCAGAGAUCAGACUCAAAUAAGAGAAGACAACACUCCAAUGAAGAAGGUUUUAGCUCCUCAAAUAAGACUCGAAAACAAAGGCAGAGAUCAGAGUCUAGAUCCCCACACAGAGAAAGUGGGAGGAGAGAGUCAGGUGAACGUAAAAGGAGAGAUGAGUCACCACAAAGAAGGAGAAAUGAUUCAUUUAGAAACAAAGAAAAUGAUACCUCAUCUAGAGGAAAUAGAAGAAAUGAGUCACCACAAAAAAGAAGAGUUGGACAAGAGUCAAACAAGGAGAGAGAAGCUUCACCAAGGAGAACAGAGCGGUUACCUCGAAAAAGAAAUGAUUCGCCACGAAGAAGACGAAGAUCACCAUCAAGUUCUGCCUCCCCUGAGCCAAAUAAUCGUAAGAGAAAAACAAGUCUACCAAGAAAAAGCAGAUCUUUAUCUCCUAAAAGAAUAAGACGAGGAAGAAUGGAUGGUGCUAGGUCCCAGGAAAAAAUAGCGAAACGCAUAAUGACACAAUUAAAACAAGCUAAUGAUGAGGACAGUUCAAGCUCUGUAGAGAGGGAAAGAAACAAGUUACGUGCCAUGCUCAGAAACCAUCAAAGGUCUGACUCCAGCUCACCAGAACCUGAACCUAAACAUAGGUCUAAAUCUGGAGAUAGCCCAAACAGGAGAAGUAGAUCAGUAUCACCUCAAAGGUUAAUGAAAAGAGGACGAAUGGUUAGAGCAAGAUCACAAGAGCGAAUAUCAAAAAGGAUAAUAGCGCAGUUGAGAGAAGCUGAUGGGGAGGAUAGCUCAAGCUCAGUGGAACGUGAAAGAAGCAAGUUGAGAGCAAUGCUUAGAGAAAUGGCUGAUGAUUCACCAGGUGUACUGGAAAGGUCUAGAUCAGAAUCCCCUGACUCUCCAAAGAGGAAAAGGGCUGAGGUGUCAAAAUCGCCAAAGUCAUCAUCUGAAUCCCCAAGAAAAAGGAAAGGUCAAGAUCGAAAUCUCAAGAAAAGAGACACAGAUCAAGAUCUCCACAAAGGAGGCCGAGAUCUAGAUCUGCACAAAGGGGGCACAGAUCGAGAUCCGCACAAAGGAGGCCCAGAUCUAGAUCAGCACAAAGGAGGCCCAGAUCUAGAUCCGCACAAAGGAGGCCCAGAUCUAGAUCCGAACAAAAGAGGCCCAGAUCUAGAUCCGCACAAAGAAUGCCCAGAUCUAGAUCUAGAUCCACACAAAGGAGGCGCAGAUCUAGAUCUGCACAAAGGAGGCACAGAUCUAGAUCCGCUCAAAGGAGGCCCAGAUCUAGAUCCCCACAAAGGAGGCCCAGAUCUAGAUCUAAAUCUGCACAAAGGAGGCCCAGAUCUAGAUCCGCACAAAGGAGGCCCAGAUCUGGAUCUAGAUCCACACAAAGGAGGCCCAGAUCUGGAUCCCCACAAAGGAGGUCUAGAUCCCCAAAAAGGAGGCACAUAUCUAGAUCUAAAUCACCACAAAGGAGAAGAAGGUCACGAUCCAAAUCAAGGCAAAGCUCAAGAUCUAAAUCUAGAUCUCCACAAAGGAGGUCAAGAUCCAAAUCAAGGCAAAGGUCAAGGACAUCCUCAAGAAAGGGUGUCAAGGUCAAAAUCAAGGUCAGAUAGAAGGUCACCAUCUGAGUCACCUCCAAGAAGGUCUGGAAUCACCCGAGAAAUGAAAGUUGCAAUGAUGCAAAGAGCCCAGGAGGCUGACAGCCCCCCUCCCAGUCACUGGAAACCAGGCCAGAAAAUAUGGAAAGGCAUUGGGUCUGUGGAGAAGCCAAAUGCUGCAAAGGAAGUACACGACUCCAGUCCCCCACCAUCAUCCCAUCCACAAACAAGACGUGAAAGCAGCUCUGAGGAUGAGAUCCCAAAUCCUCUGGCUGCAAGCGGUCCAUUUAUCCCGGGGAUAUCUGAAAUGUCCCAAUCAAGGCCAGCUCAAAGGUCAAGGUCAACCAGUAAAUCUAGGUCACCACAGAUGUCUAGACAACCCCAAAAGUCAAGGUUUUCAUCAACAAGCAAGUCUCCCUCUCCAAGAGCAAGUAAAGCGAAACACAACAGCUCAAUUGUUAGUGAAGACUCAAGUAGUUCAUCAUCAGAUUCUGAACAGGAUGUACCAAGGGGUGCCGAAUCUGGUCUCGAUGUUUCCUUUAUUCCCCUCCCAGGCCAGAGGGCAGCCUCACCCAGUCCCGUCAGGAGAGAGCCCUCUCCCAUCCAGCCACGUAGACGCAGCUCCUCCUCCAGUGCCAGUCCUCCAAGGAGUCGCCUGAGGAAGCAAUCUAGCUCCCCUUCCCCAAGUCCAGUUAGGCGUAAAAGAUCCCCCUCUUCAAGUCCAGUCAGGCGGAAGAGAUCCCCCUCCUCAAGUCCAGUCAGACAGAAAAGGUCCCCCUCCUCAAGUCCAGUCAGACGGAAAAGGUCCCCCUCUUCAAGAUCUCCAGUGAGACGAAGGAACAGAUCAAGCAAAUCGCCCUCAUCAAGGAAGUCCAGGAACAAUAGAAGUCCAAGGAGAUCACCUGCCAGGAGGCGUUCACCUAGUAUAAGACGACGUAGACGUAGCAGAUCACGAUCCAGAGACCGAAGGAGGUCAAAUUCUAGAAAUCGUUCCAGAAGGUCAAACUCAAGGUCAAGAUCAAGACGUAACCAAAGGUCAAGAUCACCAAGAAGGUCACGGAGAUCACCCUCAAGUUCAGACUAAUUUAAAUGAACUGUAAUAUGAAACAUAUUAUAUGAAGUUCAUACCUGUGAGGAGAGUGAUAAUUAUUCCUAUGGAAACAUUUGUAUAUAUAGAAGUACAGUGGAUAGAAAGGAUUGUGAGUCCAAUGUUAUCAUUGUGGGUUUUUAUUCAGACUCCUAUCAAGUGCAGUUGUACCUGGAAGUGCCCAAUGGACGAGAGUGAACCUCAGUCGCUAGUUGCAGCAUUUUAUUCAGCAUAAACACUUUAGAUAAUAUAAUGAUGUUUGUAUUGCUCAAUGAGGUUUGAUUAUUGAGUUAAACAUUCAACAAUCAAAAACAUAGUCUAUCCAUCAGCUCUAUAGUGAUUUAUUUUAUUUCACGCUAUUUUUGUCUCAGAUUUAUUUAUUUGAAACCUCUAAAAUUGGGAGUCAUUUGAGAAACUCCUACUGGCCAAUGCUGAAUACAUAUGAAAGGUUGCUUAUUUGCCCACUAGUCCUGCGAGACUAGGAUAAGAUUGAAUUGUUAAGGAGGAAAAUAGUAGCCAUAAAAUCAAUAAUGCUGAGUUCU